AUGGGACCAUAUGGGUUGGGUUGCCUCUGGAGGGAGAGAAACUUUUCUGGCGUUUGGAAGACAGCAUUCGUGUAUGACGUCGCCUUGACCCAUCCUUCUAUCAUGAUGCCACCUGCCACCUGCCACCUGCCACCUGCCACACUCGCAAAAAGGGCAAAGCAGCGAGACAGCGACGAACACCCAAACACAUACACACACCCACACCCACAAAAGGACUCAUUUUUCGCCCUUCCGUUUUCUGCUCGCCACACGCUCGUCCGCCUUUCUUCAUCGCCACAUCACAACAUGUCUGACGUCGCCAAGCCAGACCCCGCCGCCGACCAGGCCGCCGCACCUGGCGCCAGGUUGGUGGAGGACGAGACUGCAAAGGUCACCACGGGCAUCGCCGCAAACAAGACCGAGAGCACAGAGACCAAGGACGAUAAGUCAAUCACCGAGAAGGCCACAGACACUGCCAGCUCGGCUGCAGCCGCAGUGAAGGACAAUGUCUUCUCCAUGUUCGGUGGCGGUCCCGCAAAGGUCAAGAGGGAGGAAGUUGACGAUGUCGACGAGCCAUCUGGCGCUUCCAAGCCCAAGGGCGAUGACGAGAACCCCGAGAACGAGGAGCCCGACGUCGAGUUCGCGCCCGUUGUCCACCUCACCGAGAAGGUCGACACGAAGACCAAUGAGGAGCUUGAGGAGCAAGUCUUCAAGAUGCGCGCCAAGUUGUUCAAGUUUGACAGGGAAUCGCGGGAGUGGAAGGAGCGCGGCACUGGCGACGUGCGGUUACUCAAGCACAAGGAGAAUGGCAAGACCCGUCUGGUGAUGCGCCGCGACAAGACCCUCAAGGUUUGCGCCAACCACUACGUUGUCCCUGACAUGAAGCUUUCUCCCAACGUAGGCAGCGACCGCAGUUGGGUCUGGAACGCUGCCGCCGAUGUCAGCGAAGGCGAGCCUGAAGCUCAGACCCUGGCCAUCCGUUUUGCCAACAGCGAGAACGCCAACGCCUUCAAAGAGGCUUUCAUCAAGGCUCAGCAAGAGAACGAGGCCCUCUUUGGUAGCAAGUCGGAGGCGUAA